AAUGGCGGAAGGAUUUCUUGAUGUAGUUGGGAGUGAAAAUGAAAGUACGGAGAACAGGAAAGCUCCCCUCAAUGAUCAUCCAGUGUUCAGGGAAAUAUCAUUUUCAAACGGAAAAAUAAAUAAAAUGAAAAAGGAUGAAGUCAAGAGAGAACUGAAAGAGCGUGGGCUGGAUUCACGAGGGGUAAAGGAAGUUCUCCGAAAGCGUCUAAAAAAUCACAUAAAAAAAGAGAAGCUGGCUCAAGCUAAGCUGGUACAAGAAAAGAGAACAAACGAGGUUCAUUUCUACUGUGUCAUAGAUUUUGAAGGAACGUGCGAGGAGAAUAAUCCAAACGGCUACAUCCAUGAGAUAAUUGAGUUCCCUGCAGUACUUUUGGAUGCAGUUACACUGGAAAAGGUGUCUGAAUUUCACGAGUACUGCAAACCACAAGAUAAGCCAGAACUAUCACAGUUCUGUCAGAACCUAACUGGAGUUACUCAGGAAACGGUGGAUAAUGCUGAUACAUUCCCAGGAGUCCUUGACAACUUUCACCAAUGGCUUAACAAACAUGAACUUGGAUCAGAAUAUAAAUUUGCUGUUGUUACUGAUGGCCCUCAUGAUAUGAAGCGGUUCUUCUCGGAACAGUGCCAACUCUGCUCCAUUCUUAUACCCAAGUACGCCAGAAAGUGGAUUAAUCUGAGAAAAUUGUACAGAAAUUUUUACAAAAUGAAAAAUGGGACUCUUGAAGACAUGGUCAAUAACCUUGGUUUGAAAUUUGAAGGGCGGCCGCACUGUGGGAUUGACGAUACGCGAAACAUUGCAAGAAUCUUACGAAAGAUGGUCCAAGAUGGCUGCGAAAUAAAAUUUAACGAGAGUCUGUAUGAUACCACCUGACUGUUGACAAACUCGGGACACUGCCAUCAAUUGGAAACGCCGUGAACAGGAAGCCCCUUUUUUAGCGUAAAACGUGGGGAACUAAAGAGAACCUCAGUUAGAAAUUCAGUUUUCUGAGAUCAUGAAGAAAAUAAGCGAAACAAGGCAUUGAUGUAUCAACGAAACGUUUUCUCACUCACUGAAGAGCUUGUAAUUUUAGCAAAGGAGGGGUACGUGUUAUUGUGCUCAUUUUUCGUUUAGAAAUAAUAAAUG